AUGGGUUCCCAGGCCAAGGACACCAAGGAGCUGACCGUCCUCGUCACAGGCUUUGGCCCCUUCCGCGACCAAUAUCCCGUGAACCCGUCGUGGGAAAUCGCCAAAAGCCUCCCGUCGCAUCUCCCCCCCCUGCGCGCCAAGGAUGUCAGCGCCCGCCGAACUGUCGUCGACAUCCCCUCGGUCCGCAUCCUCGUCCACCCGACGCCGAUCCGGGUCAACUACAAGGUCGUGAGGGAACUCGUCCCCUCCUUCUGGAGCACGUACGAGGGCCACAACGUCGACAUUGCGAUACACAUCGGCAUGGCUGGCCCGCGGCCAUUCUACCAGAUUGAGCGCAGGGCCCAUCGCACUGGGUACAAGUCCAAGGACGUCGACGGUGCCUUGCUCGAGGAUGAGGAGGAAGGUGGUCACGACCAAGAUUGGAUAUGGCACGGCCUGCCGGACGAGAUCACCACCGAGCUCGAUCUCGAUGACGUCCUCGGCCGAUGGAAGGAACACAGUGCCGAGGAUAUGGACCUGCGCAUAUCCGAAGACGCCGGCCGAUAUCUUUGCGACUUCAUCUACUACUCAAGCCUCUCCACCUUGUCGAGGCAAAAGCGUCCGAGAAAGGUCGUCUUCUUCCAUGUACCUUGCGAAGCAUCCGAAAAGGACAUCUCCCAGGGCCGGGAACUGGCUUUGAACCUCAUUCGGUCUAUUGUCGAGAGCGAGGUGAUGGAGAAAGGCGUCGCAGAAGGUGAGCCGACGGUCAAGGCCUAG